GCGUGACGGCUAGAGAGAGGAACGCUUCGCGGCUAGUUGGAUCGGAGAGAGACCACACUUCUCAUUAAAACCGGGCGGAUCCAAAGCUCAUAGAGAGAGAAAAGCUAGAAAGAGGUAAGAAAAGGGUUCAGAGUUGAGAACCACAAGACCGAAACCGUAUACGUAUAUCUGAGCUGUCUCUGUUGUUUACAACCAGAGAUACUCCGUAUCUUUCUAGGUAUUAGAAUACGUACAACAAAAUACACACUCUCUGUCUUCUCUCUUUCCUCAGGCGUACGGACGACUCGUCUUUUCCAAAGAUCGUCUCUCAUCCAGAUUCUUCUUCUAGCUUUCUUGAAUCAUGAACAUGGAGGAUGUCCAGUCAAGAGGAAGUAAGAAUCGGAUUAAGAAAUGUGUAUUUGAUCUUCUUUCGAUCGGAGAAAUGAGUGAUGAUGAGAAUUCUUGGGAUAUUUUGGGAAAAGAUCUCCAGCUAAAAUCGGUGUUCUUGUACUGCGAUUUCAGCCGGGUGAUCUCUCAUGCACCGGAGGAACAAAAGAAGAGUCUCACAGAGCUUGCUAAUAGGCUUUUCUAUUACAUAGAAGAGCUGGAUCAUGCGGUGAAACUCCGUAGCAUUCCUUUAACGCAGAAUCGAUACAGCGACGCCGCUGUUGUAUUUCAUGAAGUGAUGGCAGUCAUGCUUUAAUUGAAGCUAUUAUUAGAGAACUAAACUCAACAGUUUCAAAAAAGGGUGUUUGUACAUAAACAUGAUAACUAGAUUAGAAUUCUCUCUCUAUACUAGAGAGAGAGAGAUAUAUAUAUCAUAUGUUUGUACAUAUUAACAUUUUAGGACCAUGUGAAAGUGUAAACCAUGCAUAUGUUGUGUUUGUGAAAAGUGGGGAAGAUUUCAUUCCCUUGCGACCUUUUAUCUGAUUUAUUGUUAGCCAA